AUGGACAGGCUGCCUCAGCACGCUGUCAACAGGAUCGUUGACCAUCUAGCCAGAUUCAAGCGGAAGAGACGCCUAUCAAGCUUCGCAACACUCUCGCGUCGGUGGAAGUAUGCCGUAGAACGCCACCUCUUCAGCUCGCUGACUGUCAACUUUGGCGAUAUGCCGAUGCUAGAGUCCUUUCUGUCGGACCGCCGCCGCCGUUGCCAUCUCCGUCAUCUCAAGUAUCGUAUGGUGAUCCAGCCGGUUGACUCACAAGCGGAGCAAAAGCGCGGGUUCUCUGAGAAUCAAGUGUACCACUAUUGGGCGGCGUUCGAGCUCAAGUGUCUGUGGGCGUUUCUCCGUCUCUACUGGGUGAGACGCUCCCCUAGUCGGCGGUCGCAACCCCUGCCCUCCAACUUAUUCGAGCGCCUAACCCUGGAACUUGAAGUUGUCGCGGGUGGUGCUCCCCAGCCACUGGCUGCCCCAACUCCGAACUACCGUUCCUCCCUGUAUUGGAGACCGCAGCCGCUCAGAGGCGUUAGCGGGCUGACAGUAUCGUGGAGACGGGCAAAGGGCGACUAUGAGAGCAGCAGCCAUCCUGACUGGCUGUUCGACUGCCUGGCCGCGUGUACCGACGCCACCGAGGUCCAAUUGGAAACAGCGGAUUCAUUCAAUCCCGCGAUGGCGGUCAAGUCGGAACAGAGGAAGAUGUUGGCAACACGUCUCUCGCCGUCGGCAUUGGCAAUGGGUAAUUUGCAGCACCUUACUCUUCACGUCACUACUUUCGCCACUCCUGACGAUUUCACACCUUCUCCCCAAGCCGUACCGGAUCCCCUGACUCCCGUGCUUCAUAAGCUUUCCCAGCAGUUGCGGUCCCUGCAGCUGACUGGGAGCUUCCUUCUCAGCCCAGAGCUCUUUUGGCCUGAACCGCUGUCGGGAGCGCCGCCCUCGUGGCCACACAUUGAGCGCAUCGUCAUCCACGCCCAUCCCUCUACGCCAGAGGGCCUACGCUAUGCCAUCCAAAAAAAGAAUCCCCGCCUGCCCGGCGCGCGCGAGUUUCAACCCGUCUUCAACGAGCUGGUCGUGCGGGCAUCGCGGGCAAUGCUGUGUAUGCCGGAGCUGCAGCUACUGUCCAUUGUGUUCGAUUGGAUGCCCUUUCGCAAGGACCUCAGGCACAGAACCGGCCCGGCCCGGGGCUCCGGGCCGGCCCACCGAGAUUAG